GCGCAUGUGCAGAAAAUUUUUUGCUCUUCAAACUUCAACGGUUUUCGUUGUUGUUUACUGUGUUUACUAGCGUCAUGUGAAAUGUAAUUAUAUAGAAGCCUGUGAUUAAUUAAUUUUAAUAGAAAGAUUGUGUAUUUAAUGAAGAUUUGUUGAAUUUUAUUUAAAACUUUAAUUAGAAAUAAUAAGUAUAAAUAAAAAAAAUAAUGUCACCGAAGCGUUCUCGAGAAAACGAUGACUCCGACUUGGAGGAUGAUGAGCAGUCAGACGAAGAAGAAGGAAUCCGAAUCGAUGACGAGAUAUAUAUUCCACCACCUCCACGUCGAUUGAACCAAACCAGCGAAAAUGGUGCUCGUCUCAUAAUUUCCAAGAUAAAAAUCACGAAUUUUAAAAGUUACGCUGGUAAAGUUGAACUUGGACCGUUCGAUAAACAUUUUUCAGCCAUCAUCGGUCCGAACGGUAGUGGAAAGAGUAACGUUAUCGACGCGAUGCUCUUCGUUUUCGGAUUCCGCGCAUCUAAGAUCCGUUCAACAAGUGUCGGCGUUUUAAUCCACAAUUCCGCUGAGCACCCUAAUAUCACGAGCUGCAAAGUUUCUAUAUACUUCGAAAAAGUAAUUGAAGAGCCUGAAGGCUACCGGACAAUUCCAAACACCCAGCUCAAGAUUUCUCGUCGUGGAUAUAAGAAUAAUUCUUCACGUUACGAGAUGAAUGACAAAGAAGUGCCGUUUAAAGCGAUCGAACGUCAACUAAAAAGUGAAGGAAUUGAUCUCGAUCUCAGUCGAUUCUUGAUUUUACAGGGUGAGGUUGAGCAAAUUGCCCUGAUGAAGCCAAAAGCUGCCAACGAGAACGACACGGGAAUGUUGGAGUUUCUUGACACCAUCAUUGGGACCAACAGGAUCAAAGAACCAUUGCUCAAAAUAUCCGAGAAAUUGGAAGAUUUGACUGAAAAGUUCAAAGAUGAUGAGCGACGCCUGCGGGUGGUUGAAGAACAACGCGAUGACUUGCGUGAACUGAUGAAGGAAGCUGUUCACUACUUGAAGAGGGAAAAUGUUAUUACUGAAUUAAGAAAUACCUAUUUUCAGGUCAAAAAGUACGAAACUCUACAAGAGGCAAAGGAAAAAGAAGAUGCAAACCGCGAACUUGAGGAACAGCACGCGAAUUUGAUGGAAGAAAUAAAAAAUGUGAAGAAAAACUACGCUGAGAAGACUAGCGAGUACGAUGAGAAGAAUAAAAAAUGGUCGGAUGUCCAACGCACAAAAGAUAAGAUUGACCAACGGUACCAAGAACUCUGUACUCAUGAUCAAAAUUUACACAGUCAGCUCGUCGAAGCAAACAAGCGUCGGAAGGAAAAUAAAGUGAAGAUUGAAAAAGAGCUAGCGAAUCUGGAGGAGCUUCAACGAGCGCCGGAGAAAAAUGCUAAAGAUAUUGAAGAGUGCGAAAAUUUUAUUGAGAAACAGAAGGUCAUUUACGAUCGCGAGAAACGCGAGCUAGAAGAAAUUACUCAAACAAUUCAACAGAAAACAGAGCCGCUCACUAAAGAGCGUGAUGUUUUCGAACGGCAGAGGAUGAAGUUUACCGAAGAGUUGAACCAAGCUCGCGCUGCUUUAAAUCUCGCGGAAACUGAGCUCAAUGUGUAUUUGUCGAUGGAAGAGACCGAGCGGGAAGCGUUAGAAAAAGUUACCGAUGAACUUCAAACAGCUACACAGAAAAUUCAAGAAUACGACCGAGAGUUGAAGAGCUUAGAGAAGAAACUACCGAAGACAGAGGAGUCUUUUCAGAAAGCUAAGAAUAGAUUGAAGGUAGUUAAGGCUCGAGAGGCUGAAUUGAGUGACAAGUUGAGCAAGCUGCGAGCGACAUACAAUGAACAAAGUCAUGCGAUGAACAGCAACAAGUCAAGAAAUAAAAUUUUAGUGGCUUUGAUGGAGGAAAAAAAUUCCGGAAGGAUUCCGGGGAUAUUAGGUCGGCUUGGAGACCUUGGGGGUAUCGACGCGAAGUAUGACAUUGCAGUCUCUACAGCUUGUGGACCGCUGGAUAAUAUUGUUGUAGAUACCGUGGAGACCGCCGAGGCUUGCAUUAAUUUUUUGAAGGAAAAAAAUAUUGGUAGAACGACUUUCAUUGCUCUGGAGAAGCAGCAGCACUUGGUGGAACAGAUGAACAAGGCGAUUAAAACUUCAGAGAAUGUACCUAGGUUGUUUGACUUGAUAAAAGUCAAAGAUCAGCGAGUGAAACCGGCGUUUUAUUUCGCUUUGAGGAACACUCUGGUCGCGCAGGACCUGGAGCAGGCCACCAGGAUUGCUUACGGAGAAAGAAGAUAUCGUGUGGUAACUCUCAAGGGUGAGUUGAUUGAAACUUCCGGGACCAUGUCUGGAGGAGGCAUUCGUGCAAUUUCGGGACGCAUGGGUCAGAGUGUAAGAACAGCUGAGGUCAGUCCUGAGGAUCUUGAAAAGUUGAGAAAGAAGUUGGAUGAUGUUUUCAACGAGUGCAAUACGCUGAGAGCUCAGCAACCAGCUUUGGAGGAACAGGUCAGGACUUUGACAACAGAACUCCAGGAGAUGCAGAAGAACAAGGUCCAAUUUUCGUCUCAGUUUGAGAAAUUCAAGGCCUUGGAACUGGAGUUGAAGAAAAAGUUGAAACUUCAGGAAAAUAAAGUCAAGAAGGCUGUUAUUGAUCCUAAAAAGGUCGAGCAACUUACAAAGGCUAAAGAUGAAAUGCAGGAAGAGUUUGAAAGUGUUAAUAGCAAGUUUCAGAAGAUUCAGGAUAAGAUUGAUAAAAUUAAUAGUAAGAUAAAUGAAAUCGCGGGGAAUAGGAUUAAUGAAAAGAGAAAAUUAAUAGAUAAUCUUAAGGAGGGAAUUGAGAAGGCCAAAAAAGAAAUCAUUCGGUUGAAAGUCGCUUCUAAUGCAGCAAAGAAAAAUGUUCCUAAAAUAAAACAAAAAAUUGAGGAUAUGGAGAAUUCGAUUGAGCAGUGUGUUAAGAUUAUAACUGAUAGCCAGAAAGAGAAGGCUGAGUUGGAAGAAGAAGCUAAAGAAUUGAAAAAGAAGCAGACUGAGUAUCUAGAAGCCUUGCGGGAGCGAGAUCAAAUUCUUGAAGGGCUAACUCAAGAGAUUAAGGAACUCAAGUCUCAAGCAAAUGCUCUUAAAUUGAGUAAAAUAGAUUUGGAUUCGAAGGUUGAUGCUAGUAGGAAAGAGAUCGCUGAGUACCAAAGAAAAGUUAAGGAUUAUGAUGCUAAACUGGCGGCAUUAAAGUUAAACAAGAUUCCAGAACACGCGGAAGAGACUUUAAAAGAAUUUACCGAUGAUGAGCUGGCCAACUUGGACGCCAAGACAGUGGGAGCAAAUUUGGCUGCAGCGAAGGAAAGAUUGCCUAAAGAGAUGCCGGAUCUGAAAUGUAUAGAGGAAUUUGAAAGAGUAAAUCAACGAUAUUUAAAGCGUGCGAAUGAAUUCGAAGAACUAUCAACAGCUAAAAACAUAAUGCGUGAUCAUUACAACUCAAUAACAAAGAUGAGACGCGAUGAAUUCAAAGUUGGGUUUGAUAAAAUCUGUCAAUCGCUAAAGGAACUCUAUCAAAUGAUAAGUCACGGAGGUGCAGCUGAUCUCGAGUACGCAGACUCUCUGGACCCUUACGCCGACGGAAUCGUCUUAAGUAUUAGACCGCCGAAAAAGUCCUGGAAAAACAUCAGAAAUUUAAGUGGAGGUGAGAAAACUUUGAGCUCGUUGGCGCUGAUCUUUGCCUUACACAACUACAAGCCUACUCCUCUCUACUUCAUGGACGAGAUAGACGCGGCGUUGGAUUUUAAGAAUGUUUCUAUUAUCGCGAACUAUAUUCAAGACUCAGCUAAAAAUGUCCAGUUUACCGUGGUUAGCUUGAGGUCGGAGAUGUUCGAGCUAGCCGGAACGCUGGUUGGAAUUUACAAAACCAAAAAUGCCACCAAAUCGGUCAUCGUGGACAUGGUAAAAUUCUAUAAGCUGCAUCCGGAGUUUAAAAAAAAAGAUCUUUACGACAAUCCACCGCGCAAACACGAAAAUGGUCAUCAUAAUGAGAAUAUGCCAUUGACGGUAAAAAACGCAUGAAAAGCUCCUCCAUUCGUAAUGUAUAUAAAUAUAAAUAGUUCAAUUCAA